CUCCCUCCGCGUCCCUCCUUCCCUUUCCCCGUCCUCCCCACAACCAAGAAGUGAAAAAUUAUUAAAUAAGGAGAGAAAAAAGGCCCCGGGAGAGGAAGAAACCCAUCUCUCUCUUCGGCAGAGAGAGCGAGAUGGCAUCCCGGCGGAGGGAAAUUCAAUCGAGGAGAGGGUCGUCGGUCUCGUCGGUGUCGUCUGACGAGCUGUUCGUGGAGGCGCGGAGCUCGCCGCCGCGGGAGGGGGAGGAGGAGGGGGAGGCAGCGCCGCCGGUGGCGGCGGGGGAGGAGGAGGGACGGUGGGAGAAAAUGCUGCCGGAGCUGCUGGAAGAGAUCGUGAAGAGGGUGGAGGAUGGCGGCGAGCGGUGGCCGCUCAGGAAGAACGUGGUGUCCUGUGCCUGCGUCUGCCGUCGGUGGAGGGAGAUCACCAAGGGGAUCGUCCAAUCGCCGUUGGAAAGCGGGCGGAUCACCUUCCCUUCCUCCCUCAAACAGCCGGGGCCAAAGGACUUGCCAAUCCAAUGCUUCAUCAAAAGGAACAAGAAGAAUUCAACAUUUUACUUAUAUCUCAGCUUGACACAAACAUUCACGGAUAAAGGGAAAUUCCUAUUGGCAGCUCGAAGAUUUAGGCAUGGUGCCCACACUGAGUAUAUUAUCUCUCUUGAUGCUGAUGACCUGGCCCAAGGAAGUAAUGCAUAUAUGGGGAAGUUGAGAUCUGACUUCUUGGGGACAAAGUUUACAAUCUAUGACAGCCGGCCACCAUACGAUGGUGCAAAGGCAGCAAGCAGCCGAGCAAGCCGGCGUUUUGCUAGCAAGCAAAUCAGCCCGCAGGUCUCAUCCAGUAAUUUCAAAGUUGGACAGGUACAUUACAAAUUCAACCUACUAAAAUCAAGAGGACCGAGAAGGAUGCACUGCACUUUGCAAUGCCCUGCAGCUCAAGAAACUGCAAAGGAUGACUCUGAGAAGUCGAAGGCACACAGCCCUGGGGGUUUUGCAGUUUUGAGGAACAAAGCUCCUAGGUGGCAAGAGCAUCUGCAGUGCUGGUGCUUGAAUUUCCAUGGCCGGGUCACAGUUGCUUCAGUGAAAAAUUUUAAGCUGGUAGCAACGGCAGAUCCCAGCCAGCCAUGGGGGAUUGGAGAUGAGGAAACAGUGCUGCUUCAGUUUGGGAAGGUUGGUGACGACAUGUUUACCAUGGACUACCGGCAGCCACUCUCAGCCUUCCUGGCAUUUGCCACCUGCCUUACCAGCUUUGGUACAAAAUUUGCCUGUGGAUAAAAACCUCCCUGAAUAUGUUAACCUGCAGUAUGUGGUUGUGUUGUAGCUGUAGAGACUGGGACUUUUUGUUCCUUUCUUGCUGGGAUGGGGAAGUCUUGUUUGAGCAUUCAUAUCUGCGCAGGAUUUAAUCUGCAUGUCAUGUAUUGUAUACUUUAUGGCGUGGCAAUGAGACCAAUCCAAUCUCAGAAUCUUUUCUUCUA